AUGCAACGCACCAGCUCGAUCAGCAGAGCCAUUUAUCAUUCGUUAUCGGCCACCAUAUUCGAUGCAAUCGGAGCGAUCGCGAGUAGAGUGACAUUCGAUCGUGACUCGUUGAUAGGAGAAUGUGUGAGGGAG